CAGCGUGAAGGAAGCGUGCUGAACGCGAGCAGCGAUUGAAGUUGUAUUGUGUUUUCCUUUUAUGAGUGAUUUGAUAUUGUGUUUGCUCUUUUAUUUUAUUGUGACCCCUAGAUAACGAAACACUGGGCUAAUUCUGGAAACCAGUGAGGAAAGCGGCACGAACUGCUUCUUACCGUGAGCCGGGAAGCACAUCAUCAAGGCUGAAAGAUUUGUUCUCCAUGGAGAAGUGUCACAGCUCAGCUCCGAGAUCUUGCAGCAGAUGUUGACGAGGACCACGGAGACACCGGAACAGGACAGGUUACCAAGCACAGACAUCCUGCUCCGCUAGCUUCAGGCUUCAGGCGAAAGCCCUCUUCUCUGAGAUGGAAUACAACAGUUUAGAGGACAUCUGGCAGAACUGCUCAAAGCUCGGCCGUGUUUACUGCAACCUUACGAGAAACGUCAGCGGGGACUACCUGCACUCGAUGAUCGACGAUAUCCUCCUGAACAUCUUGGGGCCCAAGAGGUCGUCCUUCUGCCUUCCGGUCUCCAUCGCCUACCUUCUCAUUUUCAUCACAGGGGUCACCGGCAACCUCCUCACCUGCGCAGUCAUCUGCAAGCACAGGAAGAUGAGGACCCCCACCAACCUGUACCUCUUCAGCCUGGCUAUGUCCGACCUGCUGGUGCUCCUGCUGGGAAUGCCGCUGGAGAUUUACGACCUGUGGCAGAACUACCCCUUCCCCUUCGGCGAGGGCGGGUGCUACUUCAAGACCUUCCUCUUCGAGACGGUCUGCUUCGCCUCCGUGCUCAACGUGAUGGCGCUGAGCGUGGAGAGAUACGUGGCCGUGGUGCACCCGCUCAAGACCCGCUACAUCAUCACCAACAAGCACGCCCACCGAGUCAUCAGCGCGGUGUGGGUGGGUUCCCUGGCAUGCGCCGUGCCCAACACCUCCCUCCACGGUAUCUACUACCUGUACCUGCCGGAGAGGGUUGCCGAGUCGGCCACCUGCAUCCUGCUCAAGCCACGCUGGAUCUACAACCUGGUCGUCCUGGUCACCACGGUGCUCUUCUACCUGAUCCCCAUGACGGUCAUCUGCGUUCUGUACAUGGUCAUUUGUUGCCGGCUGGGCCACGAGAGGAGGCAGCCACAGGGGACCCUGGGAAAGAACUGCAGCUCUGACACCAGCUGGAAGAUCCAACUGGAGAGCAGGAGGAGGAGGCAGGUCACCAAGAUGCUCUCUGUUGUCGUGUUGGUAUUUGCAAUCUGUUGGGCCCCCUUCCACGUGGACCGUUUGCUGUGGAGCUUUGUGACACAGUGGACGGAUUUCAUGCACGGGGUCUUCCAGUACGUGCACAUUCUCUCCGGUAUCCUCUUCUACCUCAGCUCGGCCAUUAACCCCAUCAUCUACAACCUGCUGUCCACCCGGUUUCGAGAGCACUUCCGCGAACUGAUCUGCAUGCGCUCUCAAGCUAACACCCUCCGCGGGAUCAGCUCUGUGCCUGUCUCCAAGGUCCUCAAGAGCUCCUCGGACCUCAUGACCUGCACUCAGGCUGGGGACUCAAGGCAGGUGCCAGCCUUCAUCACCUCCACCGGCUGCUGGAAACCUGAAGAUCAAACCACCAACGUCUAAAACUCUCUCUGUCCCUCUCUUGAAAUAUGAAUGUGCAUGGUGAAUUGUGGCUUGUUUCACAGAUUACGUAUAUGAGAAUGUCAUCCGGAAAGCAACAAGAUUCUUAAUGGGAUUGGAGGAUGGAGAAUUUUUAAGAAGCAUAAUGGUGUUGAAACCGGGUUACAUGCUCAUUGUGGUCCUUUGGUAGGAUAGUGUAUUCCAUAUCGCUCUAAACAUGGCUCAAUAUGCUUAAUGAGUACAUUAAACAUGUUUAUGAACAAAAUACAAUCAAAAAUUCUGAACUGUAAUUCUUGUAUCAUAAUAUCUGAAAGACAAGUGACGUAUCCAGUAGGAUGCUUGGAGAUUUUCUGGCACAAGUAGCGCACACUGACAAAAUGUCUUGGUAGUCUGAAUGGAUGGUUAAAUUAACUGUAAAGAUUAUUUUGUAAAUCUGUCGAAGAGUGCUACUUCAGAUGAUGUUAAGUGAGGAUUAAGUAAAAUAUGUUUAAUUACUGAAUCCAGCAUUUAAUAGCUAACACUGUUGUUUACUGUCCGGCACUCAACAUAAGUGUAUCAACAAUUAAAACCCAGCAUUUAAAUUGAAUUAAUGUAGUGCGGAAAGCUUGAGGUGCUCCUUGUACCAUAGUUCUCUCAUACGAGCAUUUUGGGCAUACAUUAGUACUCUCUUUGUGUUCCCUUUCUUUGUCUUAGUUUGUUAGAUUGUAUGUCUUUUCUCUUCAUAUAGAAUAGCAGCCUUUAUUUGUCUUGCUUUGUAAAUAAAAUAUUUACCUUCCAGCA